AUGUGCCACACUAGCUGCUCCUCAGGCUGCCAGCCAUCCUGUUGUGUGUCCAGCCCCUGCCAGCCAUCCUGCUGUGUGUCCAGCCCCUGCCAGUCAUCUUGUGUGCCCUUGAGCUGCAGACCUGCUAUCUGCAUUCCUGUGAGAUGCCAGUCGUCUGUGUGUGUGCCUGUGAGCUGCCGGCCUGUCUGUGUGACCUCCUCCUGCCAGUCAUCCGGGUGCUGCCAGCCCUCCUGCCCCACCCUGAUCUGCAGACCUGUCACCUGUAGCACGCCCACCUGCUGCUGA